GUAGUACGGUUUUGGAGCGCAGUCUUGUAUGCACUUGUAUGCUUCUAACCUAUACAGCCAUUACGUUGAACGCUUCGGCAUUUCAAAAAAAGGAUAAUAUGUAAAUAUUCAAUUGCAAUUUAAAGUGUUAAAAAGUUAACGAAAAAAUAUCUACCGAUUUCAGCGGUAAGAAUAUCUUAUGGAGUCUACAAUAUUCCUAAAUGGUUAUAUUAUGAAAAAAAUCUCAUCAAUACCAACAUCAAUGAAGCGUUUUUCGAAAAUAUAAAACUUAUUGACAGCAUCAAUAAGUUUUCAGAUAUAGUUUACAGAAAUUACAAAAAUGGAAAAUACUACAUGUCGUCUUUGUGGCAUUAAAUCAGAAAUUGAGCAUUUAAAAUAUAUCUUUGAUGAAACGGCUAAUUUGGAGCAGAUAAUAAAUGAGACUUUACCAAUUAAGGUCUCACAAGAUGAUCAUUCCGAAUAUAUAUGUUUAGACUGUUAUAAUAAAGUUAUCAGUCAUUAUGAUUUUAUUCAAAAUGUAUUGACGAAUUCAGAGAAUAAUGAAGCAAAAACCACUUUCUUGGAGGUCAAUAGAAAUGAGAAAUUGGACAGUAUAAUAAUUUCUAAGAUACAAAGUGACAUGAUAUAUUCUUGUCCAAAUUGCAACACAAAUUUAAUAAUUAUAACGAACAAUCCUGAGGAUAACAAUUAUGAGUUUCAAAUUUCAUUAGCUGCUGUAGAUCAUUUAAUAAAAUCAGAUGAACAAAAUGUCCAAAUGCUUGUAGACCCAAUAGAAUUUGUUAACGUCUAUACACAGCAAGCAAGUAUAGAAGAUGAGUUACAUGAAUCAUCAUUGAAUAAUGACAUCAACGAGGAUGCAUCAAAUGACAAACAAAGUAUCAAUGAAGUGCAUGGGAGCUCACAAAAUGAUAUGAAUCAUUCAAAUUUUUACAUUACAUCACAAGAAACUCUGACUGACAUGUCAUGUAAACCACUCAAAGGUAACAAGAGAAAGCUUCAAGAAAAUACUUUUACUGAAACAACUGAUGGUGAUACGCCUGCUAAGUUAUACAAACUACAAGCAAAAUUAAACGAAAUAGAACAAAAUGUUGAUGAAUUGGACAAUGAUCAUAAUAAAUCAAGUAUAAAUGACUUCAUAACAAUUCAACCAAUAAACAAUGGUGUAGAAUAUCUCUGUGAAGAAGUAAACAAAGAGAAAUAUAGUACAGAAUACACAAUGGAAAGCAAAUGCCUCAACAAGAAUCUUAUUAAAUUAAAUGCAAGGAAUCAAGAUGAAUUGAAGAUGAAUGAUUAUGAUAUGUUGAAUCUAGCUGAUUUGACAUUCCAACCAGGAGACAAUGAGGUAAAAUGCACAACUAGCGAUGUAGAAGUUAAAGAUUCCAAUAUAAUGGACAUGAUUGAAACUGAAGAAGAAUGUAUUAACAACGAUACGAAUGCCAUUGGCAGUUCAACACGUAGAGUAAGGCAUGUAUGCAAUUUGUGUGGAGCUCGUUAUUUUUCCCAGCUAAAAUAUGAAUUUCACAUGGAGAGACACAAGUUAAACAAAAUAGAUAAAUACAUUUGUAUAACAUGCGAUAAAGUGACUAAAAAUGAAAACCAAUUGUGGGAGCACUAUCUCCACACGCACAAGAGUCCGACACAAUAUACCUGCUUGGAUUGCGACAAAACAUUUGUGAAUAAACCAAACUUGUUUCAACAUCAGAAAAAAUUUAAGCAUACCAAAUACAAAACUAUAUUAAAUAUUCCAAUUAUUCCAACAAUUCCAAUAGAUAUGGACAACAAUCAGACACAGAAGGUCAUUAUAAAGCAGAAGCACAGAAGAUGCACUAUCUGUAGAAAACUGAUAAAGAAUGUAGAUCCUAAUGCUACCAACGAUGUAUUGACGUGCGAUUCGUGCGAAGAAGCCAGCACAUAUCUGAUGGUUGGGAGUACAGCGAAAAUGAUUACACAGCGGCAGUAUCACUGUUCGAAAUGCCGUAAACACUUUAUGCGUCGGGAGAGACUUGAGUUCCACGAGAUGCGACACAACGAAAACAUGGAUGAGUUUAUCUGCAGUACUUGCGGUAAGGAGUUCAGCGGGGAGAAUUCUUUGUACGAGCAUUAUCUGUUCGUGCACAAGGGGGUUAGACCACAUAUUUGCGAAGUAUGCGGUAAGUCGUUUCAGCUGAAGGUGCGAUUGAAGGAACACCUUAGAAAACACACGGGUGAGAAGCCUUAUCAAUGCGAGAUAUGUGGUCUGCGUUGUAUGACUACGCACGCACUGAAAUUCCAUAAGAAGUCUCAUCUCGCGCAUCGCCACACUUGCGAGAUAUGUAACAAAUCGUUCAUCAAGAAACAGAAUUUGAAUGAGCAUCUGGAGAAGCACUGGAAGAAAGACAAGAAUGUAUCACUGCCUCGAAAAUUCACAUGUUCCAUGUGCGAUAGCGAGUUACCGACUUUUCGCAUGUUGAGACAUCACAUGACUCAAAUUCAUCAACUCGACUGUCAAGACCCUUUGAUAAUGAAACAAAAACCAUUACACGAAUGUGACGAGUGUCAGGAGAAAUUUAAACAUCAAAUGUCGCUCAAAGCGCACAAGGAGAGAGUGCACGAGGGUAAAAUUAUACCUCGUAUAUUUCAAUGCGAUAUAUGCAAAAUCGAAUACAGAGUCAAGCAGAUGCUAAUAAAUCACAUUAGGAGCAAACACACCGAGAAACGAUUCAAGUGUAUGCAAUGCAGUAAGAGAUUCGCGGAUGUUAAAACGCUAUAUCACCACGUCUCGCGACACAUUGGAAGGAAGCCGUUCACCUGCGAGUACUGCAACAUGAGUUUCAGACGAAAAGACGCUAGGGACAUACAUCGCCGUAAACACACAAACAGUCGACCUUACCAAUGCACAGAUUGCGACGAGUCCUUCACUAACUACACCAGUCGCUCAAAUCAUCGCAAGAAGGCACACGGGGACAAGGAGGUUGAGUGUCCGGAGUGCGGACAGAAAUGUAGCGAUAAGCAAGAAAUCAGAAUUCAUUUGAAUAAUCAUCUUGGCGAAAAAUUAGAUAAGUUAAAAACCCCAUAAUAUCGCGGAAAUAAUGCAGUUAUGUGUACAAAAUAUGAAAAUAAUUUUCUUGAAUCUUACAAAAUCUUAUACAAAUUUUUUUUAAAUAAAAUGUAGUAAUAAGAUAGCAAGAGCAUAGUAAUUGUAUUAAAUGAUUUCUAUCAUUCUUGCUCUACAUGAUACAUUAAAUAAAUAAAUUUAGUUCAUACAAAUUGACGUAUAAUAAAUUGUAAUAUACCAAUUAUCUUAAUGGUGUUUUCGUACGUUCAAUAUUAUCUUCAGGUUAAUUUUUGAUGUUUUUAGAUUUUAGAUUUUAGAUUGUAUGUUUUCAUUAUAAUACUUUUUAUCGUAUUUCAUAUAAUUCAGUUUGUUUUUUAGCUGUGUCAAUAUAAAAUAAAAUUUGUAUAAGAAUAAAUAUGUCCUUAAUAUAAAUAUACUUAGUAUUAAUACUUUCAUAGGCGUCGUUCAUUCAUGAUUCAAUCAUUUCGCAUUUAACAUUAAUGUUUUGCUUCAUAUAAAUAAUCAUCUUCCGCAAACCAAGUGGAAAAAGUCAACAUCCUGUGGAGUAUCUCAUAUCUCAUGCUACUCAUGUUAUACUUCACUAUAAGUAUACUAAUUUAAUGUGACUGUAAUUUCACAAUUAUAACAGCGAUUCUUGUCCCUUAAGGUAUACAAAUAAAACAAGAUGAAAAGGGAA